AUGAAGUUCUCUAUCAUUACAUUAUCCCUCAUCACUCUCGCUUCUGCAGCUCCUGCAGCCAAGCCUCAGAGCGGUGAGAUCUCAUAUGGUGCCCUCAACCGCGACCAUAUUCCUUGCUCAGUCAAGGGCGCGUCGGCCGCAAACUGCCGCCCUGGUGCUGAAGCCAACCCCUAUAACCGGGGCUGCAACGCCAUUGAAAAGUGCCGUGGUGGUGUUGGUGACAACUAA